AGGGGAGGCUCUUUUACGUAAAAUCAGAAUGCUAUAAACAGGCUAAAAUCUUCCCAUACCAUCUGAUCUGACGAGUACACAGAGUAGGCAUAAUGUGAGUACAAUUUCUUUUACAAAGAAAGUCAGGGAUCAUUUCAUAACAUUUUCUUUAAGGUUUAUUCUGCAUACACUUCAAACGCCUAUGACAAUUAGCCAAACAUAAUCAAUAAUACAAUCAUGACACUGGCAUGCAUAUCACCACAUUCUUUGGAGCCAAAUAUAAAUUCAGGAUAAUUAAUAUUAAGCUUACUACUAUUUUAUCCACAGAACAAUUAGUUUGAACUACCCCUAUGAUUUAUUAACACCAUGGAAACGUUAAGCAAAUCCACAAUUUUAACUGGAAAUGAAUAUAUGCUUUCAUAUAAAUGAAGCUCACACUGGUUGAAAAUAGUAUGCUUUUUGUACAUAAAUGUAUCAGUCUUGUUUCUAAUAUAUAUGGAUUUUCUUCUUGCCUAUUAAGUAAUGACAUAGAUCAUGUCAUUAUUUAAUAGGCAAGAAGAAAAUCCACAUAUAAUAUAAACAAGACUGAUACAUUUAUGUGCAAAAAGCAUACUAUUUUCAAGAUUUUAAAAUUUAUUUAGAAUUCUGUUAAACCGCAGAAAUAAAACACCAUCACCCUUGCCAAUACACAAUUCCAGAAAAAUUCAUAAUAAAACAGCAGAUGAGUGGAAUAUUUAUAAUGUAAGGGAAAAUCAGCCAAUAUUUGUGACAAGUGGGCUUUUUGCCUUACUAAAGAGGGUCACUGAAAAUAAGUCCAUGUUCUGGUGUAGGCUUUCAAAAUACAAGAGCAACAUAUUUAGGCUGUCAGCUCAAAACAGGGGAAGCAUGCUGUGCAUGAAUACUUGGUUUCAUUAAACAAGACAAACUUGGAAUAUACUUUUUAUUUCCCCAUUUCAUUAAGGAACAUGUUGAUAUUUAACCCUUUCACUACCAAAAUCGAGUAACCAAUUAAACCUCACUCACCCUUGGAAUGAUUACCAGCCUGUAGAUGACCAAGCUUCACUGAUAGAAGCCAGUAGUCGCUGAUAAAAUGUCUGCAAAUUUGCUGAAAACGUAAACUCAUCUAUGGCUUCUAAACAGUAAGGGGAGUUUCUAUGGGGCACAUCAUUCCUCCACCACCAUUUCACUGCUUGCAUUACAUUAGCAUUUCAGAGAAAGGAUUGCUAUAAUAAUCUUAAAUAUCUUUAUUUUUAGAAAUUUACAAUUUAUCUAUAUUUACUCUAUGUGAGCAUUAUGCAUAAAUACAGACUUUCAUUUUACUUUAUGAUGCCAUUUUCAGUAAGCUGUACGGUUUGUAAUGCCUUCAGGGUCCUUACAAAUUCCUAUAAGUAUGGUAUUUGCACAUUUUAAUUUAUUUGUUUUCGUUGCAUCUACUGCAUUUUUGCUUUAAUCCCAACAUUUUAGACCAUAUGUGAUAUACUGCAUGAUAAAGAACAUUGUAUACUGUCUAAAGCUUUUAAUUUGCCAUUGUAUUAUGUUUGAAGUAUGUAUUCAUUGCAAUCUAUACACAAAAUUGCGGUGUUACAAUACAUUCAUAUGCUAGAUAUGCAUCCAUUGCUUCAAGAAAUUGCUAUGCUAAAAUUGUUUCAAUCAAAAAGUGCUUUUUAGUGAGGGGGUUAAGGAAACUGUUAUGGAGGGUUUCCUUAUCUAACCCUAAAAUAAAUGUUAUGUUUGUGACAAAUUCUAUAUUCAUUUGCUUUAGGAGAUGUUAGUUACCCAUUCGUCAGCAUAGAUGGCUCCACCUUUAGUUUAAAUUAAUAUCUACUGUUGCGCCUGCCUACAUCCCACCCAAUUGGCCCUGCAAGCUCACCUCCCUAAUGACCUCAAUAUUUUUACUGCAUUGCCAGGGAAAUGAUAACAUAACUAAGUGACUUCUGUUCUACGUAACUUCAAAGCACAAAACGACUCACAGAGGAAUUAUCACAGCACCGUGUGUAGUUGCUGUGACUAAGAGCAGGAGACCCUCCUGUCUCUCCAUUCCACUACAUUACCAAAGAUAGUUAAAUCCAUGUCAUACUGAAAGACCUGACAUGCCACUGGUCCUGAAGAGAUUAGCUAGCCAAUAUAUAUUGUAUUUUGCUUACCUUGUGUAAAGGUGUAAUGGUAAAGGGUUACUCCAACGAAAAACCAUGUUUCAUAAAAUAAUGGCUUUGGCUGUAGUAACCCUUUAGUAACAUCCAGUUUUGCACAGAAUUGAUAUUAGCCAGCCUGGAACUUUGGUGAUGUGAUUAUGGUGCAUGGAGUAAUCCUUUAAAACAGCUAUGUCCCCUUCAGGGGUUUUUGCAUAUAUUGCUGGGAAGGGGGCUAAGCUGAGUUGGGUUAUAUUUACCUGAAACUCCCCCUUGUGAGAGCCACCAUCUUCAUUCUUCAGUUCCUGGUUGUAUUACGUAUAAGUAGAAAGUAACAUUAUCAUUGGUUAUUUGUAAAGCAUUAACAUAUUGCACAAUACAGCGCUAUGGAGAGACAGCACCAGCCUUACUCUCAGACUCAAAUUCAUACUUAUUUAUCUUAAACAUGGCAUUAUGAAAAACAUCCUGAAUCUGCUUCCUCUUGGAUACUGCAGUGUGGAAAACCUCCCGGAAGUUCAAGAUGAUCAGACUCAUUUUAGUGGCGCUGCUACAGUUGGCGAUGUAUGCACACUCAUCUGGUAAGAGCUUAGACGGUUUAUAAAACUAUAAUACACUGUAAACAUUAAAUUUGGCAUUUCUGGAUAUAUUUUGCUCGGCAUAUCUUUAUUUUAUAGCAACCUUACAAAAUCCUUUAAUGUAAGUAAAUGUUAUUUUCAAUAAAAUCAAAAACCAAAAAGGAAAUGUAGAGUUAUCAGCAAAUGAAAAAAAAAGCUAUUGAUCCUGUAAACAAAUUUUGGUAAUUAUAAUAGAACAACUAUGUUAUAGGGGAACAAUGGAUUUGACUUACUAACUUAAAGGAACAAUCUGGGUACCAUCACAGCUUAAUCCAAAUUACGUUGUUAUGGUGCCAGGAUGUCCUUGAUGCUGACUCAAAUUUAAAUUGUUCAUGCAAACAUAUAUUUUUCAAGUAAUCUGUAUGAAUACAAAGCUAUUGAUUAGAGCUUAGAGCAAGAGUUGACUUCAAUAAAGUUCUUAUGAUACCUGGAGUGUUCCUUUAAUGUUUUAGGUAUUGUAGUUCUAGGGCUAGUUUCUGUGGAUAGCAACUUAGUUCUGUUUUAGUUUCUGGAAUAACAAUGUACACAUAUGCCAGUAGGCAGUGAUUUUUUUUUUUAAUGGACUAAAACUACAUAUUAAAGGACAAGUUUUUGAGAGUUUCCUCUCUUACUCUGAAAUUUUAUUUUCUAUUUGCCAAUUAAAGGACAACUGUCAUUUUCACAACUGAAAUUUUCACUUCUCACUUUGAGUAAAAUGGUGUCAAAGAGUGUUUUGCUGAGUAUCCGGACCAGCCUGCCAAGGCUUUCCUGUGGGAAAGCAUUUCAUUGGCUAAGAUCAUCAAGAUUGAUUAUCUUAGUCAAUGUAAGCAAAACAGGUAAGAGGGCAACAAAGAGACUGUUGCUGCGUGGGAGACAUGGUGAUUAAAACUACUUUUCUCCUUCGAAUGGGGAGGAGGGGAUGCUGGGUACUAAACUGCUUACAGGGCUCUAUAGCAAUAAGAAUAUUCUUUUAUAUACCUAAUGCUAUAGUGUUUUAUAAAUCUGAGAAUUUGCAGAACUAAGGCAAGCCAGUAGCAUACAGAGCUAGGUAAACAUUUUUAAUUGUAAAUAGAAAGGAGUGCUGCUAAACUGCAUCAUGGAGGGAGUCUCUCCAUCACAAGACAUGCUGUGUACUGGCACAAAAGGUAUAAUAGUGCCAACAUUCCAGUGAUGGUGCUCCUUCGGUGACAGUGAGUCUUCAAAGAGUCCCAUCAUUUGCAGAAAAGUGGCAGCAUCAGCCAUAGAUGAGAUGGUGUAGGUCUUGCAGUUUUGAUCCACCAGCAGCUGCUGGGUCCUCAUCUGUAGGAGAUGUCUUUAUCUCUCAGUAACUUAGUCAGUGAGCAAAAGGACUGUCUGUAGCCUGGAGAAGUCCCUGAAGAAGGUAUUUUGUGAUACCCUGAUCACUGCUAUGUCCAGUGGCGUACACACAAUCCAUGGGGCCCCAGUGUGAAACUGAUCCGUGCCUCCCCCCUCUUUCCCCUGAUCCGUGCUCCCCUCUUUCCUCCGAUCCGUGCCUCCCCCAUCUCCCCUGACACAUACAUACAUACAGACACACACAAAAACAGACAGAUACACACACACACACAUAUAUACACACAGACACAUACAUACAGAGAAACAGGCACACACACAUAGACACACUCAUAAAGAGACACAGACACACACACAUACAGAGACACACACACAGAGACACACACACAGAGACACAGACACACACACAUACAUAGACACAGACACAUACAUACGGGCCCCAUGAAUUGUGUGUACACCACUGCAUACAUAGACACACACAUGUACAUACAAAGACAUACAUACAGAGACACACACAUAUACAGAGAGACACAGACACACAUACAAACAGACACACAUACAGAGACACAGACACACACAUACAUACAGAGACACAGACACACACAUACACAUAUAGCGACACAGACACACACACAGAGACACAUACAGAGACACACACACACAUACAGAGACAUAGACACACACAUACAGAGACACAGACACACACACAUACACAGAGUCACAGACACAUACAGAGACACACACACAUAUACAGAGACAGACACAUACAGAGAAACACACACACAUACACAAAAUGUUUCCUACCUUGUUACUUUCCCUGGGGUCCAGUGGGGGCUCAGCCUGAUGGGAGUCAGAGUUCCCACUCUGACUCCCUCCUCCUCCUUCCUCCCACGCGGGCUCUCAGUAUGCUGGGAGGAGUGCCCGGGGAAUCACUUCCUCCCAGCUCUGAUGUAAUCACAGGGGGCCCGGUCGCGCACUUAAAGCGCCCAGCGUUGACCAGGCCCCCUCACAAUCCAUAUCCAUCGGGUGGCCCUGACAGCAUGGACCACCCGAUGGACCCCUCAAUAUGUGGCCCCGGCGGUGUUUUCCAUGCGGGCCGGGGCCGCAAAAUGUGGCAGCAGGCUAUGUCUAAUUGGAACAUCGCCUGUGGUGAUGUUGCCUGAACAUAGAUUUAAGGGAUUCCCUGCUCCGUUGGGCUUGUUCCCCAAACAUAGACCUGCACUGGGGCGCAUGCUCUGUAGCACAUCCGCACCUACCGACCAAUUCAUUUUACGGCCGAGUCAUAAGAACAGAACCUGGUCGGUAAGUGAGGAGUGUCUGUAGUAGAAUAUCCAGGUAUCAAAUCUAAAAGGGUAAGGCGGAGAGGCCAAGCCAAAGGCAGUCUGAAGGUCAGGGCAGGUGGCAGGAGUUGAAGUCAGAGAGAAAGCCAAAAUACUGGUAACCAGGGAAUCACACAAAAGCUCUCAUAGACACAAGAGGUGCACAGGCAGACUAGACUACAGAACAAUUAAGCAAUGACUGAAGGUAGAGAGCGGUAAUUAAAGGGAUGAACUGUCACAUGAGCUGCCUCUCCCCCUGUAAAAAGAGUCACAUGACCCUAUAAAUUUGCCCAAGGGACACGGUGCCAUCACUGUCCUAACUCAUCAUCGUAGGACACAUCUCUGUCCUAACCCUGCCCACCAUGCUCAUGGCCAUGCCAGCCCAGUUUCCCGCCACCUUAGGAAUUAGGACUGGCCUCCCUGGGUCCCCUUGUCAACGGACAGAUCAGAGGAGGCUGCAGGUCAUUGGGUAGGAGCCAUGGAGCCGAGUAUCGUAGACAGCCAACCUUAUGGAUGCCACAGGCAUCCUGAGCAGGUAGAAGAUCACCGGCUGCUAUGACACAUAGAAAAAAAAAAGUAUAUCGGGUAUAAUAUCUAUUUAUGCAUUCUAGCUGUUCCUGUUGAUCCAGAUGUAGACAACCCCCUAGUCAUUUUCCAUUAUCCAUCAUUUGUGAAGGCUGAUAGAAGCAGCCAUCUGCUCAAGUGAUGCACAGUAGAUUUCUAUUGCAUCUCAUUGUUAAAGGACCACUAUAGUGCCAGGAAAACAUACUCGUUUUCCUGGCUCUAUAAGGUCUCUAGGUCCCCCCCACCCUCAGGGCCCCCCUCCCGCCGGGCUCUAGGGGGUGGAAGGGGUUAAAUUUACCUCAUUUUCCAGCGCCGGGCGGGGGACUCUCCUCCUCCUCUCCUACUCCUUCUCGUCGUCAUCGUCUGAAUGCGCAUGCGCGGCACGAGCCGCACGCCCUUUAAGCCAGUCCAUAGGAAAGCAUUCUCAAUGCUUUCCUAUAGACGCUGGCGUCUUCUCACUGUGAAAAUCACAGAGAGAAGCGCGGAAGCGCCUCUAGCGGCUGUCAAUGAGACAGCGACUAGAGGCUGGAUUAACCCUAUUAUAAACAUAGCCAUUUCUCUGAAACUGCUAUGUUUACAGCAGAUAGGGUUAACCCUAGCUGGACCUGACACCCAGACCACUUCAUUAAGCUGAAGUGGUCUGGGUGCCUAUAGUUGUCCUUUAAAUUGUGAAAGGUUUUCCAGUGGCAUCUUCCAUAGAACCAUGUGUUUUUACUCUCAUGCAUGUUCAAAAACACAAAUAUGACAGGGGUCAUGGCAGAUUGAUCUAAAGAUAAAGACCAGGAAAAUAUGGCAGAGGUGAGUGCAUUUCGUAUCCAACUCUGUCUUUGCAAAGAAAAAGGAAAUAGUUAAAAAAUGCCUGCUUUAUAACAUUAUUUUUAUGUCUUGAAGUUUAAUUUUAUAGUUUUCAGUUUUUGCAAACAAUAAUGAACCUCUCCUUCACUUUCUGCAGAAGACUGGUGUUAUCUGGAUUCAGCAUGUGGUGAGUGUCUUGUUUGUAAUUCAUAUAAUAUGAGAAUAUACUUCAAUUCAAAUCAGGUUGUAGUUAUAGCAGACUGACAAAUUUAGGUCAAGAUUUUAAGAUCUGUUUAUUUUUAACUACCGAAUUUCCUAAAGAGAAGUGCAUGCAAUAUAGAAACGAAGACAGUAAAAUAAAAGCUUGAGUACUUCCUCUAAACAGAUAUUAGAGGGUUCAUUAUUUGUGUUUCUCAGCAACCAAGAAACAAACCCAUUAUUCAUCGGGAUUCUGUUCGGGAUUCUGUUCUAAUCAUUUUUAUUACUUCUUUAUUUGUGUAUGGUAUAUUUGGUGGGAAGACAUCAUUGAUAUAACAUAUACUUUUCUAUUAAUUUAGGAACUCACAAAUUGGUUGGACUAACAAGUCUCUAUCCUAGCUUAGAAGAGUCUGGUUAUGAGUCACAUAUUAACUGUAACCUGGAGUCUCUAUGUGAAAACCAAAAAGUUCCUAGGUUCUCAUUAUGCUAGUCUUUAACAAUCCUUAAGUAAACCUUACAUAGUCAUAUAGGUUAAAAAGAGACAUGCUGUCCAUCAAGCUCAGCCUUUUUCAUGUCUGUUUUUGUUGUUGAUCCAACAAGAAUAGGUUUCCAGACGAUGGUUUGUAUUGGCCCUGAAUAUAUUUGUAUAAUCUUAUCAUAUCCCCCUUGAGGCGCCGUUUUUCUAAACUAAAGAGAUUUAAAUUUGUUAACCUUCCUUCAUAACUAAAAUCUUCCAUUCCUUUAAUUAAUUUUGUAGCCCGCCUCUGCACUUUUUCUAAAAUUUUUCCAAAAUUGCACAGCAUAUUCAAGAUGUGCCUGCUUUGUUGUCUAUAACAAUUCCCAAAUUCUUCUUGUGUGUUAUUCCUAAUUCACUACCAUUUAGAGUGUAUGUUGCUUGUGCAUUCUUUAUUCGAAGUGCAGAACUUUGCAUUUUUCUACAUUAAAUUUUAUCUGCCACUUAAGUGCACAGUUCCCCAAUCUAUUUUAUUUCCUCUGCAGUAAAGUAAGAUCUUGUUCACAUUCUAUUACAGUUUUGUGUCAUCUGCAAACAAUGACAUCUAAUAAAAUGUUUUACCAAUUUAUCGACUGAAGCAAAAUAGAUUAAAUCACUGAAAGGGACACUCCAGGCACCCAGACCACUUCUGCCCAUUGGAGUGGUCUGGUUGCCAACUCCCAUCACCCUUAACCCUGCAAGUGUAAUUAUUGCAGUUUUUAUAAACUAUAAACAGCAUCACUGGAAUCCCCAUAGGAAAGCAUUGAAUAAUGCUUUCCUAGAGGGAGGUCUAAUGCGCGUGUGGCCAUUGCCGCGCAUGUGCAUUAGGUCUCCCCCGCUGACUCAUGUUGGCAGGGGAGGAGCAGGGGCAGAGCCUGGCCCAGUGCUGAGGGACAUCGGCGCUGGAUUCAGGUAAGUCACUGAAGGGGUUUUAACCUUCAGCAACAUGGGAUGGGGGGUGGGAAGGAGAGGGGCACUGCAGGAUUCUGCAGUGCCAGGAAAACGGGGUUGUUUUCCUAGCACUGGAGAGUCCCUUUAAUAGUUGAUUGAGACAAUGCAUCAACUGGUUUGGAACCACUCGUCUAGUGCUAACCCUGGACCAGCUUUCCAGAGGCCAGCUUGAAGAUUUAUUAGCCUGUGAUAAAACAAACAAAAAAAAGAUACUCAACUAGCUAGUAAAAGCCAAGGAGAGACGAAAUGAUAUAAGCAGGGCCAGACUGGGAAUAAAAAGCAGCCCUGGAAUUUUUUUACACCAGCCCUAACAUUAAUUGUGCCAACUGUGACAGAUAUACAGGUGGAAAAACACAAAAGAUUGAAAAUGAUUUACCCAGCGUUUCAUCCCCAAAACUUGAAUAGUUAUUGACUGAUAGCUGCUGUGUGUCUAAUUUAAAUUAAUCUUAUUUUGUUUAGUCCUCAAUCCUAUGAGUGCACUCUGCGUUGGAUAUAGUUUGAUACCAGGGAAUGAAAGACUGAGAGAAGGGCAGGGUUAUCGACUAAACUAAUACGUUUUGUGAACAAAUUCCCAAAAUUAGGCUACAAUAGUCAAGCUGUCACUAUGGCGAAGUUUGGAUUUUUCAAAUCCGCUAUUUUGGUCUAAAUUACGCAAUUUAGAUUUUCACUUACUAAAAUGAGAAAUUUAGUGAAUAACCCUUUGAAAAAUGUAAAACCCUUGUUACAUUUAUAUACGUGUGUAAUCUCCAAAUGUGUAUUAUGUAUGCAUAUGUCUAUUAACAUAUGUGUAUCAUACUGAUGUUUGUAUAUAGAUAUACACACAUACAUACAUACACACACACAUACACACACAUACACACACACACAUAUAUAUAUAUAUAUAUAUAUAUAUAUUAACCUGAACCACUACAGCUUAAUGUAGUUUCUCUGAAGUCUAUAUCCUGACCCUGAACGCUUUUAAAUGUAAACACUGACUUUUCAGACAAAAGGCAGUGUUUACAUUGCUGCCUGGUGACACCUCUAGCGACAUUCACUCAGACGUUAAUGUUCCCUAUACGGAUGCAUUGAUUCAAUGCAUCUCUAUGAGAAGUUAAAUUGGCACAGUGGCAUUUUGCCGUGCAUGCACAAUAGUCUCCCAAUGCUUUGCUAUGAGGAAGCAUUGGAUUGGCUGAGAUCGUCAAGAUUGAGGAUUUCAGCCAUGGAAGUGGGGCCAGCCACAGCGUGGAAAAAAGGUGAGUAAAAAAAAACAAAAAAACAAAAACAAAAACCGACUCAGACUCACUCACAGACAGACACUCAGACCGACACUCCGACAGACACACACUCACAGACAUACUCACAAACACACACACUCAGACAGACACACACACUCACUCCCUACUCGGCUCCCUCUCACGCACUGUUUAGUGAGCCGGGGGCCAGAGUGACAUCAUAACCCAGCUCUGUGAAUCACUGCAAGCCGCGCAAGGGAGCAGAGCAGGGAGAUUACAGCUCCUUCGCUGUGGCACUAAGUCAGCCGCCCGCCUCCCUCUGCUCUCCAUUACCUUGCUGCUCCCCUCCAUCAGCUGCCCACCUUUUCUACCACAGCUCUCCAUGGGCCAGCCACCCCUCUCCCUCCCUCUGCAAUAAAUUAGCUGUCCGCCCAGUUCCCUCUGUCAGCCGCCUGCCUUCCUCCCACAGCUCUCCAUGAACCGGCUUUGAUAUAAUACACAUAUAUUAAUAUACAUUUGUGUAAAUAUAUAGAUGCAUAAUACUCCCACAAAUCACAGAUAAAGCAAAACUAUAUAAAACUAUAUAUAUUUUUUUUUUUAUAAAUUCAAUUUAUUUUAAAUUAAAAAAAAAAACCAGACAGAUACAUGGAAUUUUAAUUAAUAAAUACUCACUGGCACACACACUGGCGUGUAGUCACUGAUGCCCAUACAUACUGACAUAUACAGGGAGUGCAGAAUUAUUAGGCAAGUUGUAUUUUUGAGGAUUAAUUUUAUUAUUGAACAACAACCAUGUUCUCAAUGAACCCAAAAAACUCAUUAAUAUCAAAGCUUAAUAUUUUUGGAAGUAGUUUUUAGUUUGUUUUUAGUUUUAGCUAUGUUAGGGGGAUAUCUGUAUGUGCAGGUAACUAUUACUGUGCAUAAUUAUUAGGCAACUUAACAAAAAACAAAUAUAUACCCAUUUCAAUUAUUUAUUAUUACCAGUGAAACCAAUAUAACAUCUCAACAUUCACAAAUAUACAUUUCUGACAUUCAAAAACAAAACAAAAAGAAAUCAGUGACCAAUAUAGCCACCUUUCUUUGCAAGGACACUCAAAAGCCUGCCAUCCAUGGAUUCUGUCAGUGUUUUGAUCUGUUCACCAUCAACAUUGCGUGCAGCAGCAACCACAGCCUCCCAGACACUGUUCAGAGAGGUGUACUGUUUUCCCUCCUUGUAAAUCUCACAUUUGAUGAUGGACCACAGGUUCUCAAUGGGGUUCAGAUCAGGUGAACAAGGAGGCCAUAUCAUUAGAUUUUCUUCUUUUAUACCCUUUCUUGCCAGCCACGCUGUGGAGUACUUGGACGCGUGUGAUGGAGCAUUGUCCUGCAUGAAAAUCAUGUUUUUCUUGAAGGAUGCAGACUUCUUCCUGUACCACUGCUUGAAGAAGGUGUCUUCCAGGAACUGGCAGUAGGACUGGGAGUUGAGCUUGACUCCAUCCUCAACCUGAAAAGGCCCCACAAGCUCAUCUUUGAUGAUACCAGCCCAAACCAGUACUCCACCUCCACCUUGCUGGCGUCUGAGUCGGACUGGAGCUCUCUGCCCUUUACCAAUCCAGCCACGGGCCCAUCCAUCUGGCCCAUCAAGACUCACUCUCAUUUCAUCAGUCCAUAAAACCUUAGAAGAAUCAGUCUUGAGAUAUUUCUUGGCCCAGUCUUGACGUUUCAGCUUGUGUGUCUUGUUCAGUGGUGGUCGUCUUUCAGCCUUUCUUACCUUGGCCAUGUCUCUGAGUAUUGCACACCUUGUGCUUUUGGGCACUCCAGUGAUGUUGCAGCUCUGAAAUAUGGCCAAACUGGUGGCAAGUGACAUCGUGGCAGCUGCACGCUUGACUUUUCUCAGUUCAUGGGCAGUUAUUUUGCGCCUUGGUUUUUACACACGCUUCUUGCGACCCUGUUGACUAUUUUGAAUGAAACGCUUGAUUGUUCGAUGAUCACUCUUCAGAAGCUUUGCAAUUUUAAGAGUGCUGCAUCCCUCUGCAAGAUAUCUCACUAUUUUUGAUUUUUCUGAGCCUGUCAAGUCCUUCUUUUGACCCAUUUUGCCAAAGGAAAGGAAGUUGCCUAAUAAUUAUGCACACCUGAUAUAGGGUGUUGUCAUUAGACCACACCCCUUCUCAUUACAGAGAUGCACAUCACCUAAUAUGCUUAAUUGGUAGUAGGCUUUCGAGCCUAUACAGCUUGGAGUAAGACAACAUGCAUAAAGAGGAUGAGGUGGUCAAAAUACUCAUUUGCCUAAUAAUUCUGCACUCCCUGUAUUCAUCAACAAACACUGGCACACAAACUAAUGCUGCAUCCCAUACAAACACUGUCACCAGGGCUGCCAUCAGAAAUUUGCGAGUCCCCCCUGUCCCCCCCCAGAGUCCCCCCACAGGGAUGCAGUGUCUGCAGGGCCGGUGCAAGAAUUUUUGCUGCCCUAGGCAAAAGUAAAGUUUGCCGCCCCCCAUGUGACAUCACAAUACCCCACCCAUAUGAUCUGCCAUGUUAACUAACACAGUGCUGCAGUGCCGCCGUGUUUACAAUAAAAGGCCUGCAGGGACAGGCUAUAGACACCAGAACCACUACAUUAAGCUGCAGUGGUUCUGGGGACUGUAGUGUCCCUUUAAUGUGAGGUAAAUUAGAGAUUAGUGCCACGAAUAAUAUACUAGAUUGCCUACUUACAACCAGAUGAGGAUGAUGAUGGGCUCUAGCUGCAGUCUGGUUCCACUGGUCUGGUGUAGAACAGGAUCUCUGGAGGCUGUUUGUAACUGUGGUCACAAAAUCAAUGUUCUGGGAGAACGGGAAGCAGCUCCAUUUUUUGGGGGUCCUUUACACAGCUCAAGGUCUGGGUCCCAAGGUCCACCUUCAUGUUCCACCAAUGAGUUUGUUCACAGGGGGUGGAGUGUGUAGGGGAUGUCCUGAUAUGUGUGUAAGGAAUGCAUUGUGUGAAUCUGUGUUUGUAUGUGUAAGGGCUGCAAGGUGAGUUUGUGUAUGUAUGGGAUGCAGUGUGUGCGUCUGUAAGGGAUGCACUGAGUGUGUGUAAGGGGUGCAUUGUGUGUUGCUGUGUGUAAGGGAUGCAUUGCUUGUGCAUGUGUGUCUGUGUGUAAUGCAUUGUGUGUUUUUCUGUGUGCAAGGGGUGCAUUGUGUGUGUGUGAUGGAUGUCAAUCUCUCCCCCUACCCCCGUCAAUUUCCUUCAUCUCCCCCUCUCUCCAAUUUCCUUCUUCCCCUCCCUCUCAUUUUCUUCUCCCCCUCCCUCUCAUUUCCUUCCUCUCCCCCUCCCUCUCAUUUCCUUCCUCUCCCCUCCCUCUCAUUUCCUUCCUUCUCCCCCCUCCCUCUCAUUUCCUUCCUUCUCCCCCCUCCAAUUACCUUCCUCCUCUCCCCCCCCUCAAAUUUCCUUCCCCCCCUCUCCCCCUCAAAUUUCCUUCCUCUCCCUCAAGAUUUCCUUCCUCCCCCUCAAAUUUCCUCCCUUCCACUCCCCCCCCCUCAAAUUUCCUCCUUCCUCUCCCCUCAAAUUUCCUCCUUCAUCCCCCUCCCUCAGAUUUCCUCCUUCCUCCUCCCCCCCUCAAAUUUCCUCCCUUCCUCUCCCCCCUCAAAUUUCCUCCUUCCUCUCCCCCCUCAAAUGUACUUCCCUCUCCCCUUCAAAUUUCCUUCCUUCCUCCCCUCAAAUGUCCUUCCUCUCCCCCCUCAAGUAUUGGCUUCCCCCCCCUUCAAUUCCUCCUUCUCUCCCCUCCCUCAAAUUUCCUCCCUCUGUCUCCCCCCCACUCCAAAUUUCCUCCCCAUCAAGGUUUCCUCCUCCUCUCCCCCCUCAGAUUUCCUCCCCUUCCCUCCCCUCCUCCUCAAAUUUCCUGCCCCUGGCUUGCCUCCUCAGGUUUCCUCCUAACUCCCCACCACCCACUCCUGAUAGGCGGCCAGCGGGCACUCUCUGGAGUGCUUCCUCUUCCCAGCUCCCCUCACUUGGCCGCCCGGCGUACUGAUGCAGACGAGGAGAUGACGUCAUCUUCGGCUCCGGCAUCAGUGGAAGGGGCUGAAGAGGAGCACAGAGGGUGCUCGCUGGCGGCGCCCACGACCCCACCCGCCCGGCUGACUGCGGGGCCAGCCUCUGGGGGGCCCUGAGGUGGCGGCUGCUGGGCCCCCCAGGGAGAAGAGGCUGGCCCUGUGGAUACACUCCCGGUCGCAGGGGCCUGGUAUGUACCCUCUGAAUGUGGGGCCGGACGACCUGAGCAGUCCGGGCCCCCCAGGACCGCCGGGCCCUGAUGGCGGCCCUGACUGUCACACAAUCACUAAUGCAUACAUACUCCCUGACAUCCACACACAUUGAUCCACACUGACAAAUUGAUCCAUACUGACACACACACACACACACACAUUGAUCCAUACUGACACAUUGAUCCAUACUGACACACACACACACACACACAAACAAAUCCAUACUGACACAUUGAUCCAUACUGACACACACACACACACACACACAUUGAUCCAUACUGACACAUUGAUCCAUACUGACACACACAAACUGUUCUUAAACGGUUUGACUACUUACUCUUGGAGUGCGCUACGGCACUCCUGGCACCAUAACUACUAAAGAGGACUUAAGUGGUUAUUGUGCCUGGAUUGUUCCUUUAAAUAAUCUACCAGUGCCCCUCCCAAGAUUAGGUUCUGGUUCCGCCCCUGAUUUAAGGGGGGUAAAGAGGGGAGCCGGGGGGCUUUACGUGUUUUUCACACUAUAGGGUCAGGAAUACAUGCUUGUGUUCCUGGCCCUAUAUUUUUUACUUUAAGUUGUAGUUGCAUUUAAGAUUCUGAGGCUGUAACUCUCUUCACUGUGAGCCACAUCCCCUCUAACCCCAAGUACCUCUAAUGUUACUUAACCUCAUCAUAACCUCCUAUUUAAAGGACACUGUAGGCAUUAUAUAAAUUUGACCUCAUUGCAUUGGUUAUAGUGCCUGGAGUCCUCUGGCACCAUCACACCAUUCAUUGUUAAACUAUACUCCAGCAAAUGAACACUAAUUAAGGGUUCCUGGACACCCACAGCCUGGCCCUAACUGGAGGUAUGACUAAAGCAGAUAUUAUACACUUCCUUCUGGCCAUACCAGUUCAUACAAAUAAUGGACACUGAGAUAGAUUGAGAGCAGUCAGCUUAUUCUCACAGGAACUCACAGCCACCCACUGCAACUCAUGGUCAAAGCUUCAUCAUUAGUCUAAGCAGAGCAGAAAGGUGUGCUACUGGGCACUCUGUUAAAAUUUUAACAGUUUAAUGCUGAAUGGAAGGACAGCACCAGGAAAGUCCAGGUAGAAUAACAACAGUUACAGAGCCUACAGUAUCGCUUUAACCUGCUGCAUUGUUUAUGAUUACAACAGCUUUGCUUUAACAAUGAAUGGCAUGUAAAACACACUGACAAAAUCAUAUCGCUUCCAUGCAAAGAACAAUUUCAGUCCCUACACAGACUAUUCUCAAAAUGUUGUCUUGCUACGUUUUAAAUUUAUAUUAAAACCAAAAUCAAAUUUAAAACAAUAUGCCUUAUUUUAAAAAAAAUUCUUUGAGAACUAGAGUAUUAGUUUGACAUUUCAAGCCAUCCUAGAAAUAGAGGGCUUGAAAGGACUGUAUGUAAAAUACUAUAUUAAUGCUGGUGUAAAAGUUAAAGUGACAAUAUAGUCACCAGAACCAGUACAGCUUAAUGUUGUGGUUCUGGUAUCUAUUGCCUGUCCCUGCAGGCCGUGCACUGUAACUAGAUAUAGAGAAAAUCAAUUAAUAUAUUUAGAGAAAAGGCAGUGUUUACAUUGCUGCCUUGGAACACCUCUAGUAGUAGUCGCUCAGACAGCCACUAGAGGUGCUUCCUGUGUCAGUGCUGCACCUACAUUCAGGAUCUCUACACGCUGCAUGAAGACAUUGGAUGAUCUCAGCCAUGGAGGCAGGGCUAGCCGCAGUGAGACAGGCAUGGCAUGGGAGAAAAGGUGAGUAAAAACUCACAUUUCAGUGCAAUCUGAGUGGGGCCCGGGGGACCUAAACAGAUAUACCAGGACUAUACUGUCAAGAAUAUAUGUUUGUAUUCCUGACACCAUAGUGUUCCUGUGGCGGAACAGACCUCGCCACGUGUUCUUGGAGGGGGCUGCUUGACCGCUCCUACCUUCUGACUAUGGCCCUGGGAUAUAUGGCAUUUGAAAAAACUAUUUGUGCCCUGUGACAAAACUGGAGAUUGUGCACAAAUAUGACUAUUGUCCAUAUUUUUUAUGAUUCCUUUCGUUUGUUGCACUGUUCCCCAUGUGUUUCAUCUGUUGGUCCGGCUGGAUAGACUACCAGACAAACUGUGGAGUUACUGGGUGGCCACCAUUUCAUGUAUCAGAGACACAUUGUGAGAACAAUGGAUGAAGCACAUGGUGAGAACAAUGGAUGGCUGCCAUUUUAACUCACAGCCACUGUUUGGACUUUUCUACAUGGUGCCAUCUCGCCGGUAUUUGGUGCACAAAGACAUCGUGCAGUAGUUUUAAACUAUACAACAUGGGACACAUUAUACAGUAAUUAUUUUUCAUAUAGCCUGUUUAUGUUCUGCGGAAUCUGCAUUAAACUGUAUCUUCCAAACUACUGAACGGAUCUGGGUGAAUUUUGGAUAUGUGGUUCACCCAGGUUCCCCCGUGCUGAGGAUAUACCUUUUAUGGGGUUAUUGCAUGUUUUGGGCUCCCUGUGAUAAGUUUUAUAAUACUGUAUUUCUCUGCCUGUGAUAAUUAUAUUAACCAUUGUGUUCAGUAAUCAUAUCACAGGCAGAGGGGAGGAUUUUGUGUGGUGGUGUCUGUGUGUAUUGUACGGAUUGAUUGGUUGUAUUUCAAAACCCUGUGGGCAGUACUAUGUUUGUGGAUUGUGAAUAAAAGAGGCUGUAUGUGCCAGUACAGUCAGUUCUGCUUGACCUCAAAACGAAGUGUCAUCUCGUUAUUGGGGGAAUUGGAUUGUAUGCUGAUUGCAGGAGUGUAAGCUGAUUGUAUGCUUUUCCUGUUCAGCUGCUUACAGCAUUCAUAUGCUUGAGAGCAUUCGUAUGCUUCUCCAGUUCGGUGGUUGUGGUGUCUGCUGCAGUGCUUGGAGUCCUCAGGAAGCGCUAGGAGCAUCCUUCAACGGAGGUACCCAGUCGGGGUGCCAGGUGAUCCGUUACAGUUCCUUUAAAGUUAGGGUUGGUGCAUUUGGUGUAAGGGUUAGCUAGUUUUAGUGUUGGGUAAUAGUAAGGUUACCUAGAGACUUUGGGGGGGAGGUAAUGCACAUGGAGGGGUUUGGGUGAGAGGAAUGAGACACAUGGAGGGGAGGGAAAGACACACAUGGAGGAACUCGAUGGGGAGAGAGAAUGACCGAUCUGCCGCUGUUCAGCCCCAUAUGCAGCAAACUGCGAUGCACUGUGUGUUCUGACACAUUUCUAGCAUACCCAGCAUUAAGUAUUUCAGCAAUUUGAGGUACCAUGUGUCUUCUGUGUUAUUAGACUAGACAGGCUAGCCUUCGCUCAUCAUGCAUCAAGGAGCCCACAAAGUUAUUAAAGAUAAGGGAAGGGUUAGAAGGUUUAUUUACUGGAAUUAGUUUGGUUAGCCCCCAAAUUUUUUUAUCAUGAACAAACUUCUUCCUCUUUGGAGAACUCCAGUAAUAGCCUUGAGGAUGAGCCCAUGUAGUGGGGGAUGACAAUCGUAAGCACAGAAGCAGUAUAGGAGAUAGAAGGGUCUCUACGCCUAUUGCAGGAAGGGCAAUAGUCGUGCCACUUGUCUUAUGAAGCCAAGAAAUGCCUGCACCUAAGACUUUCCGUAGGAUGGGCAUUGUUCCUAGACUUCUUCCCAUCCUCAUCCAUAUAGGAAGAGUCACUCAGGUUUGUUCCAAAAGGUUGACCACAGAAUCAGAUCCUCCAAAAGGUUGACUACAGAAUCAGAUCCACAGAAACUGCAUUGUCCUUCAAAGUAAGAUGGAGAGUCUCACUAGCCACUCAGAAAAUGAUAAUAGCUGUUGUCUCCCUGAUACAUUUGGCCUUUUUGUAUAUGUCAGGUAAACCCAAUGGAUUACACUUUGGAUUUGCCUUGGAAUCUUUGCAUCCAUAUUACCUUCCAUGUUUCUCUGCUAAAGCCUUUGACCUGCAAAUAUUUUUCUAAUGCUACUUCUGUUCUCUCGCCAGUACUUGUAAACUACCACAAGGAAUUCAGCAGAGUGCCUAUUGGUUCUCUAGACGCACAAUUUUCAUCAGGAUGUGUUCACAUUAUUCUGGCCUCAAUCUAUCCUAAAAUUAUACAAGUUGUCAUCCUAUUAGAUGCACUCCAGCUGUGCACAAAUGAUGCAAGUGUGAUGUAGGGAUCCAAGUCCUUUUAAAAAACGUUUUAUCUUUAGUAUCAGUGCCCAUUCAUGGUCUCACAGCCCUUAAUUGUGGUAUUCUAUGCCACUUUUGUGUCAGGCCAGCCUACAUCCCUGAUUUUGAGAUUAACCAGUUCUGUAUUUGUGUGUAACAGACCUGACUUUGUCCCUGACUGUCUAUUUUUCUUAGUCCUGACCGUUGUUUAUCAGACCUGUCUUUCCUGAUUUUGCUUAAUCUAAUCCCAACCUUUACUUAGUUUGUAAUUAGCCACUGUGCCUUUGGUAGGUUGUUGCCUUAGAUGGGGAUGGGGAGAGAGAAUGGGCUAUUGCUAGUGGAAAUGGCAGAGGGCGUUGACUUUGAGCUGGUGGGCUUGGGUCAUGUAGAGUGGGUUUGGGAUGGAAACACACCCCUUCAUUCAUACAUUGACCUUCCACACAAUAACAAUAAUAACUUGAAUAAAGUUGAGGUAGCAGGUAACAUUUGGGCCUGUAGGCAACUUUUCAGAACUUUGAACCCUGGAAAAAAGUAAUAUGCUCUGUGACUGUAAGGUGUAAUUUUAAAAUGUUAUGUGUUUUGUAUUCCUCAGAACCAUCCACCUGGAGUCUACACUAUGACUCCUGCAACCUAAAUUGGCAAUCACCUAUCAACAUUGUCACAAACAAUGUUGUCACUGAUGCUAACUUACGUCCCAUCCAAAUCACUGGAGUUUUUGGAUCUUCUGAGGCUGUUGUAUCUAAUAAUGGACACACAGGUGGGUUUAAUUUUAAUAACACCUCAUCCACCAGUAAUUUCAUUUAUCAACCAAGAAUGCAAAAAUAGUACACCAUGUCGUUUUAAUGGUCAUUUAUUUAUUUGCUUUAAUUCUCUAGUUGAAGUUACUCUGAGCUCUGAUUAUAUUCUCACUGGCGCAAGUCUCGCUGAUCCACACAAGCUGGCAGGGUUUCACAUCCAUUUUGGCAGCACACAGAAUAACAUUGGUUCUGAGCAUUACAUCAACAACCAAGGAUACCCACUGGAGGUCAGUUAAUAGAGUAUGAGAACCUCUCAUCUAAAUGAGAUGAUGAACAGUGUAGACCAAGCAUGUCAAACAUGCGGACCGUGGAAACCUUUGCAGCCCAGGGCUGGACUUGUCGGGCCGCCUGCCCUGGGUCUGCUUUGUGCUGUGGCUUUUCCAUGGGCCACGGCCCUUUGCGUGCUUGAGUCAUAUUUGGCAGCUGUGCAGCGGCGUUACAGUGCACAGAGUGGAUGGCUGCGUGCAGAGCAGGCCAGCCACUCUCCCUUCCCUGCUGCUCACAGUGCCAGAGGAGCAUAUGGCCUGUUUGAGCAAAGAAAAUCGUGCAGGGCUGGACUGGAAGACUGCUUAAGGUAGGGGAAGAGGGGCUUAAGGGGAACAUUCCUGUAGUGUAUUAAAUUGGCAGAAGGAGGGCAGUGUAUUAGAGUGUUGGGGGUAGUGUAUUAAAUUGGGGGGAAGUAGGGGCAGUGUAUUAGAGUGAGGGGGGGCAGUGUUUAAAAUUGGGGGAAGGGAAGUAGGGCAGUGUAUUAAAUUCGAGGGAGGGAGGUUGGGCAGUGUACUUGAGUUGGGGGGCAGUAUAUUAAAUUGGGGGGAAGGAGAAAGGGGCAGUGUAUUAGAAUGGUUGGAGGGGGCAGUGUACUAGAGUGAGGGGAAGGGACGAGCAGGGCCAGUGCAAGGAUUUUUGCCGCCCUAGGCAAAAGAAAGAUUUGCCGCCCCCACCCCCAUGUGACAUCACAAUGCUCCACCCAUAUGAUCUGCCAUAUGAACUAACGCCAGUGCUGCACACAGUGUGUGUUUACAUUAAAAAGCCAGCAGGGACAGGCUAUAUACACCGGAACCACUUCAUUAAGCUGCAGUAGUUUUGGGCACUAUAGUGUGAGUUAAUGUGAGGUAAAUUAGAGAUUAGUGUCACUAAUAAUAUACUAGAUUGCCUACUUACAACCAGAUGAGGAUGGUGAUGGGCUCUGGCUGCAGUUUGGCUCCACUGGUCUGGUGUAGAACAGGAUCUCUGGAGGCUGUUUGUAAUUGUGAUCACAAAAUUCAAUGUUCUAGGAGAACGGGAAGCAGCUCAAUUUUUUGGGGCCCCUUGCACAGCUCAAGGUCUGGGCCCCAGGGCCUGAUGGUGAGUAUGCCCAUAAGGCCCACCCAUAAAUCCAUCUAUAUGUUCGCACACAGGGAGUGGAUGUGUUAUGUAUUAUUGUAGAGGAUCUAAUGUGUGUGCUAAUGGAAUGUAGUGUUUAGGGAUACCAGUUUGUGUAGGUGAUGCAGUGUUUGUGUGUAGUGGAAGCAGUGUGUGUUUGUAUAUAAGGGAUGUAUUGUGUGUUUCUGGUUGUGUGCAAGGCAUGGAUGCAUUGUGUGUUACUCUGUGUGUAAGGGAAGCAUGUUGUGUUUCUGUGUGUGUAGGGAUGCAUUGUGUUUUCUGUGUAUGUAUAGGGAUGCAUUGUGUGUGUGUGCGUAGUGUGAAAGAGCUCCCUGUCCUAUAGAACUCUCCCUUCUGUCCCUUAGAGCUAUCCCCUGCCCCUUAGUGGUCUCUCCUCUCCCCUAGCGGUCUCUUCUCACACCCACCCACCCUCCCUGUGUUCUUCUCACCCCCCAACCACCCUCCCUGUGUGCUCCUCACCUCCCCCUCCCUGUGUUCUCCUCACCUCCCCUUCUCCUCAUCCCCUCUUCCGUGUUCUUCUCACCUCCCGCCUCCCUGUGUCUUCCUCAUCUCCCCCUCCCUGUGUUCUCAUCUCAUCUCCCCCUCCUGUGUUCUCCUCAUCUCCCCUCCCUGUGUUCUCCUCACCUUCCCCUCCCUGUGUUCUCCUCCUCCCCCCCUCCUGUGCUCUCUCCCCCCCUCUCCGUGUUCUUUCACCUCCCCUUCUCCUCCCCCCUCCUCUUCUUCUUACUCCCCCUCUUCUUCUUAUUCCCCAGUUCUUCUUCUCCCCCUGUGUUCUUCCCACCUCCCCCCCUCCUGUGCUCUUCUCAUCUCCCUCCCUGUGUUCUCCUCAUCUCCUUCUUCUCACCCCCCGUGUUCUUCUUCUAUCUGUCAGUCAUUGUGUGUCAGUAAGUGUGUAUGUCAGUGGGUGAUAUCAGUGAAAAUGUGUCUGUCAGUGAGUGUGUGGUCAGUGUCCUCUGUGUGUAAGUGUGUGUCAGUGUGUAAAUAUGUAUGUAUUAUAUUUUCAUUUUGUGACUUAUAUACUUCAGAUUAACAGCUCAUAUACUCUUCCUUACUUCUUCUUACUCCCCCCUGUGUUCUUCCCACCUCCCCCUCCUGUGCUCUUCUCAUCUCCCCUCAUCUCCUUCUUCUCACCCCCGUGUUCUUCUUACUCCCCCUCCUGUUUUCUUCUUACUCCCCAUCCCUUCUUCUUACUCCCCCCUCCCCUCUUCUUCUUACUCCCCCAGUUCUUCUUACUCCCCCCCUUCCUGUGUUCUCCUCACGUGAAGCCUUUAAAAAAAUUAGAGAUGUGUACCCAGGAUUACAUAUUGUUUGCAUGAUAAUGAUACAAGUAGUUUUAGUUUGUGUUGGUCUAGGAGGUCAAACUUUUUUUUUUUGCAGCCACAUAAACUUAAACCUUGUUUAUUUGGCCAGUGUGAGCCUUGAGUUUGACAUGCUCGGUGUAGACAGUCUUUGCAUUUCAUAACAACACACUUGGAAUGAUGGUAAAUGUACUGGCAAUAAUAGUGUCACAAUUUUUAAUUAAUAAAUAGUGGUUUGUACCCUUGUUUCUCAACCUAUAGUAUGCAUACCCUAGGGGGUACACAUACCAAAAGCAGGGCGUAUGGCAUGAGCUGUCUAUCUGGCCACUAUAGGGCCGAAGGAGGCGGGCAGCUGUGCACUAACGCAAGGAUGGAUGGCAGGUGUCUACUCUGCCUAAAUACAGUAAUACAAUAAUUUGUGUGUAUGAGAGAAUGUGUAUGUGUCUGUCAGUGAGUGGAUGUCUGCCAGUUAAUGUGUGUGUGUCUGUCAAUGUGUGUCAAAUCAGUGAGUGUGUUUGUCAGUGUGUGUAUCUGUCAGUCAUUGUGUGUGUCAGUAAGUGUGUAUGUCAGUGGGUGAUAUCAGUGAAAAUGUGUCUGUCAGUGAGUGUGUGGUCAGUGUCCUCUGUGUGUAAGUGUGUGUCAGUGUGUAAAUAUGUAUGUAUUAUAUUUUCAUUUUGUGACUUAUAUACUUCAGAUUAACAGCUCAUAUACUCUUCCUUACCAGAGGUGGCUCUUUAAUUAGGUGGUUUAGGCUGCCGCCUAAGGCUUCGCGAUGGCUGGGGGUCGCGGUCACCUAAACCGCCUUAGGGCAGACUGUGUCAGGUCUUUGGUCAGUGACAAAGAACCUGACACCAGGAGGGGGCAUGGCGGCUUGCUCAGUAUGCCGCUGGGUGCGAGGCCCCUCCUGUCAGCCCGACCAACAAUCGCAGACACCGGUCUGCAGCUCCCCAGUGUGCAGAGCUACAGACCAUGUGUCUCGCCAGAAAUUGCAAAUCAAAGCGUUGCCACAGAUUACCACGGCAACGCUCUGACGGGUCUCGCGAGAUGCAUGGUCUGGAGCUCUGCGGAGCUGCAGACCGGAUAUCAUGGCCACCGGACAACCAGGUAGCCCACACUGGACCACCAGGGAAUAAAAAAAAAAGGUAUUUAUUCCCCACCCUCUCCCCAUUUCCCCCCUCCCUCACACAUCACCCCCUCCCUCUCACAUCACUCCUCCCUCUCACAUCACCCUCCUCCCUCUCACCAUCACCCUCCUCCCUCUCACAUUACCCCCCCAACACCAUCACCCCUUCUCCCUCUUAUUAUUAGUUAUAGUCCUUGGUGGUCAGAUGGGGAAAUGUUAGACUCAUAUCCUGGUAGUGUUCGAGGAGCAGGCUAAUUUUAUAUGUAAUUGUUUUUCAGAUUCACUAUGUAUUUUAUAACACAAAAUAUCAAGAUCUCACAACAGCCAAAACCCAAUCAGAUGGUCUGGCAGUAGUUGGUGCACUUUUCCAGGUAAGAUAUGAAAUAUUUUGGCUCUAGAACAAUCAGAUAUCAAUGAAAUAGUGAUAUUUAUGACCUAAUUGUUACGCAAAAAGUUA